AUGGUUAAUUUCUCUCAUGUGUGCUUGACGGAAUCACAACAGAUGAUGAAUGGCACUCCUUUGGAGUACAACCUACAGAGAUAUGUGUUUCCAGCGAUUGCCGUAUUCGGUAUACUGGGAAAUGUACUCAAUUUAACGGUGCUGCUUAAUCGAAGUAUGCGAAGCCGGGCAAACACUUUUCUGGCGACACUGGCCUUUGCUGAUAUUAUUUUCCUAUCGUUACUGUUCCCAAACAUUCUCGCCAACUAUUCGUUCUUCACUUUCAAUUACUACUUUCGCUACUUCUACUUCCAUACUAAAGUACAUCUGAUCUCAAUGGCAAAUUGGUGUUCUGCUGUGGCAAUAUGGUGUGUAAUAGCCGUUUGUGGUGAUCGACUUGUCGGAAUUCGUAAUCCACUAUAUGCUAGGGCCGCCUGGUCAUGGUGGAAACUACCAGCUGUGAUAGUUUGUAUUGUUGCUGUAGCUGGUGCUCUAACCUUCUACCAACAUUUCGAGUACUUCUGCUUGGUACGGUCGUACUGUAAUGAGACUCAGCUCUACUCCAGAUGUUUGCCAGUCUACAGCGAAACAUGGUUUGGCAACAGAGAAAACCCAUUUUCGAUGACAUUUCGCCAAGUUAUUUCAUUUUGUGUUCUGAUCUAUGCUCUGGCAAUGAUUAUCCUACCGAUUGUGUUGCUCACAAUAUUGAAUAUGAUGCUGCUUUGCGCUUUACGACAAAGGCAGAAAAACCUGUCGGUAUCAGCAGAUAUCUGUGAAAGGCGAAACAACGAGGGCCAACUGCAUAAAACAGAAAAUCGUGUGACAUUAACGGUGACGUUUAUCGUCACGAUGUUCACAUUAACCAAUGGGCCAUCGGCUUUCAUGCAUCUAAUUCGUACUGCCUACAAUUUGAGGCAACAGGAACUCUACGAUCUGACUAUGAUUUGCAGCACACUUGUUAUAUGUGGCAAAGCGUCGAAUUUCAUUCUGUUCUGCUUAGGAUCACGUCAUUUCCGUUUGAGGUUGAUAAGCCUCACUCAACGAAAAGUUCAUAGGAAAAUUGGUGAGUUCUACCAUAUUCUCCCAUGA